AUGAUUGACACUGGCCGUACCGAGAUAAUACCUGUGUCAGAUCAAUAUCUGUCAGGCGAGAAAAACUCCAUCAUGCCUCAUCAUGCAGUUUGGAAGUCGGACUCAACAACAACAAAAGGCAGAGCUGUUUUCAAAGGAUCAGCUCCAAUUUCGAAAGGAAAGUCGUUGAACGAUCGUCUACUGGUUGGUCCAAAGAAUCGGCCAGACCUCUUUCACAACCUUGUCCGGUUUCGAUUCUACAAAAUUGCACUAUCUGGUGACAUCACCAAGAUGUACAGGCAAAUAGAACUAUUCCCUAAAGACAGAAAUCUACAUCAGCUCUACUGGACAAGAGAAGAAGAAGAUUCAAUUGAGAAGUACCCGAUGACCUGUGCCAUCUACGGUAUAGCUUCAAGUAGCUAUCACGCCAUACGAGUCUUGUUACACACCGCCGGCACAACAGAAGAUGAACAAACAAAGCUAGGAUUUCGUGAGUCCUUGUCCUUCUACGUGGACGAGUAA